GAACUCGCGAUGAGUGUGACAUGUCGAUACAAUGUACCACGGAACCGGCUUUAAUAUAAUACAAAUAACUCGUUUAUGACACACCAAAUGGCUGUGUUUAUUGGCACGUUAUGUGCUCUAGUCUUGAUGUGCUUAGGUACACAUUGGAAGACUAGAUCGAGCGACGAUGAGAGAAGUUGCGAGGAGUUUAAACGCUUUCAAAAAAUCUAUAUUACCGUUUAUUUACUGGCAACAGCUGCAGACUGGCUGCAAGGUCCUCAUGUGUACGUAUUAUACGAGAGUUAUGGAUUGAGUUCGAAAGAGAUUGGAGAACUCUUUGUUGGUGGAUUUGCUUCGUCUAUGAUUUUUGGAACAUUCAUUGGAUCUCUUGCAGAUAAAUGUGGCCGAAAACUGAAUUGUUUAAUAUAUGCUGUGUUAUACGGCGCAGCUUGUGUGACGAAACAUUUUUCCAAUUACAAUAUUCUUAUGGUGGGACGAAUUUUGGCUGGAGUUGCAACCUCGAUCCUCUUCAGUGCUUUUGAAUCUUGGGCAAUUUGUGAGCAUUCAAAAAGACAAUUGGCGCGGGAAUCAAUGGGUACAUUGUUCGCCAAUGCUGUUCUCGGAAACUCGAUUGUGGCAGUAAUUGCUGGUCUCGUUGCCGAGAUAGCCGCUAGUAAAUUUGGAUUUGUAGCACCGUUUGACCUUUCACUGUGUACGUUAUUGAUAAUGGCUGUAGUAUUGAUGUCUACUUGGAGUGAGAAUUACGGAGACAAAACAGGAAAUAUCGCAUUGUCUUUUCAAGAAGCCUUAAGGGUUUUGCGAAAUGAUCGAAGAGUGCUGUGCCUUGGAUUAAUACAGUCACUCUUUGAAGGUGCUAUGUACACAUUUGUCCUGCAAUGGACACCAGCUCUUACAUCAACGAAUCAAAUAAUACCACAUGGACUGAUAUUUUCCGGUUUCAUGGUCUCCGUCAUGAUUGGCUCGUCUCUUUUUAAAAUAUUCAGUAGAAGAUCAAAUGCGGAAUCCUUUAUGAGGAUUGUAUAUAUCGUUGCAACGGUGGCUCUUUCCGCCCCAAUUUUCAUAGCAAAGGGUGAUAUCCUGAUAUAUUUUAGUUUUUUGGUGUUCGAGUGUUGUGUAGGAAUUUUUUGGCCCGCAAUGGCGACUAUGAGAGGAAAAUAUGUACCGGAAGAAACUCGUGCAACAAUCAUGAACAUUUUCCGAAUUCCUUUGAAUCUCAUCGUAAUUUUGGUUUUACUGCAAGACUUUCCUUUAAGCAAAACAUUCGUCUUGUGUGUUAUAUUUCUUGCCAGCUGUUACAUUGUGCAAGAGUUGCUUUACAGAUUGACAAAGACAACGACACAAAUUAUACUACCGAUUUCAGAUUGCCCACGCUCCGUAAAACUUUCCGGUGUAGUCACAUCGCCAUCUGUGUCUUGAUGAGGUGACGGCUUUUUACGACGUCUUGCCGAUCGUGGACGCUCGGUACCCGAAGAACGUUUAUUCAUUGUCAAUGGCAUGAAGCAUCACUGCUGAAAUUUGUACCUUCCUGCAAUUUUUUUCUUGCAGUAUUUUUCUAGAUCAAUCUUUAAGGAGAAAAAAAUAGCUGGCCUAUAAUGAUAGCAUUUACUAACUUGACGCAGCAAGUCAUAGAGAGCCUAGUAUUGAUCUAAAUACACAAGGUCGACAUGUGGGAAUUAAGUUUGUUAUAUAGGAGUUGAAUUGUAACUCUAAUUACUCUAUUCAUAUGACUAUAUCGGCGUCACUGAACGACUGAAUUCCAAUUUGUUCUUUCAUAAUGUUGAUUUAGACACAGGCUUUAAUUUUUCAUGAGCUAUUCAGUUUAUAGCUGUAAAUAACAAGCUUAAACACUGUCAUUGUCACUGGUAUAUUAUAAAUUACAAAUGACAUUUCUAUACUACUAUAUUGUCAAGUUUAAACAUGCUUACCAGCUAUUUUUUAUAACAAAAAUCCUACCUCCUCCGCAGGCCCUUUGAGACAAAAAUCAGAGUCUUUCGCUUUCGCAAACUGAAAUAUAAAAAACAGCGCAAAUAUAGAGGUGCACAUUUAUGUCGUGCUGAAAGUAUGGUAGCUAACACUAUAUAUAUGUAAAUCUUGUCGUAUAUGCAUGGCUGUGUGUUAUUUGAAUAACGAAAGAAACGGUAUUCGCCGACUUUGACAAUAAGGAAGUAGCCUGUUUUGCCAAUUUUACAUGGGUGAAUAUUUAUCUUAGAUAUGUACAAAACGUUUGAACACCAUAUAAACUAGGGUAGGAAAGAUUGCGACAAACAGUGAUACGAACACGAACACACAAUAUAUAUGAACUUAUCCAUGCAUGCCCAAGCGUUGAUUAAUUAAGGUUGUUUAUGUUAUGAUACACAAAGAAAACUUACGUUUUAGCUGUUUUAGAAUUUGGGU